AUGAACGAAAAAUUCCCGAAUCUGACUAUGGAAUCCUGCGAGAGCCUGGGUUCGAUGCAUCAGCGAGGCAGGCAAAUCCCGCCACCCGCCACGCCCAACCCCGGAUCUACCAGCAUACAUGUACGAGUAGAACUAGUACUACUGUACGAGCCAUCCCGCCUGGUCCUACCGCUCACGACAUUUGGCGGAGAGGCUGCCAUAGCUACAUGCGUACUCGUAUGCCAUGCCGUGAUGGGUCUAUCUACGUAUACACAGAUGGCUACGUACAAACUUGUACAAGCAAAGAGCCAAGACGUGGGACUAUCGUUACUCCCCGAUUGGCUGAGCCAUGAGAGCCGAUUAAGAGUACAACGUUGCAGCAAUGCCUCGAUAUCUCUUGCGCCUGCUGCCGUUUAUCCACCCUCCUUCACCUCUAGACGGCGACGAGCUCUUCAACUAAGUAUGUACUAUAGCUUUAUCUUUAGCUCUAGUACAGAGCUCUCACACGUCAAGCGGACGCUAAUUGCCAGCAUUAUGGCAUCGAGUCAAAAUGUCUCACCCAGGCUUUACCUUUGA